AUGCCACCCAAGUUGAAAGACCCCGCAAACUUCUCCAUCCCUUGUGCUAUUAACAAGAUGCAAAUUGAUAAUGCCCUAUGUGACUUAGGAGCUAGUGUAAGCCUAAUGCCAUUUUCGUUUUAUCAAAGACUUCAUCUAGGGGAACUCUUACCUUCUAACAUUACCUUGCAACUAGUUGAUAGGUCAAUCAUGUUUCGAAAAGGUAAAGUGGAAGAUGUUCCAUUGAGGGUUUGGAAGUUUGUGUUCCCGGUGGAUUUUGUUGUUCUAGAAAUGGAUGAAGAUGCUACCAUUCCUAUCAUUCUAGGUAGACUCUUUCUUGCUACCUCGGGUGCUAUGAUAGGUUUCAAGUGUGCAAAGAUUUCCCUUAAGAAUGUUUUAUUGAACAAAGAUAAGCUAGGUGCACCAUGCAAGGAGAUGACAUUGUAUGAGGAAUUGCUUAAUGGAAGAUGGAGGAAGUGGAUGAAAAAUUGUGCUUGA